AAAAAAACCACAGGAUAUGAAAACUCAUAUUCCUUAAGUAUUAGUCACAAAGAACACGGCUAGUUUUCUGCUUUCCCUUAUCCUUCUGAAUUAAAUAAGGAACUUAAUUCAUUACAUCUAAACGCCAUGUAAUUGACCUCUGCCCUCACCGGGUAUUCCAGGGAAAUCAUUCCUGCUCCUAGACCGCUGCAGCCGAGAACUGUCCUUGGUGUGGAGCUGCUUCUUAAACCUCCUUUCCUUUUUCCCUGCCUAGGACCAGCAAUGCACCGGGAUGGCCACGGAGCAAUUGGGAAAUAAUUACAAAACACAUCUCUGGAAAAGAGAACGAGGAAGUGAAACCAGAGGACUCCGCCGCUCUUCGGGAAAGGGAAAAAUAAGUAAGAACCCCAUAGCAGAUGAUUAUUUUAUUGGCUGUGAAGAACCACGGACCCUUUGUGCCCUGAUGGGGGACUCGGGAUCCAGACGAGCGACUCUUGUGUCUCGGUUGCCAAUAUUCAGGAGAAGCGUUAGCCGGAGACACGACUCCCUGCCUUCCUCGCCUUCUUCUGCCAAUGCCAUUGGUGUCCACACCUCCUCUCCAUCCAGCACUAACUCCAGCUCAGGGAGCACAGGAAAGCGCCGGAGUAUUUUCCGCACUCCUUCCAUUAGCUUCCAUAACAAGAAAGGCAGUGAGCAGAAGCCUGACUCAGCGAGUCAGAAUGUUAACAUCUCAAAUGGUGCCCAGUCCUCUCUUAGCACUUUUCAAAAACUCAGCUUAGACGAGCACAUAAAAAGCAGAGGAAGGCAUUCAGUUGGCUUUGGCAGCUCCCGUAACAAGAAGAUAACAAGGUCUUUGACAGAUGAUUUUGAAAAGGGAAAGGAGCCCUCUGCUAAUAAGAAUGUCUUUAUCAAUUGCAUAAGCUCUGGGAAGAAUGAGGGUGACGAUUCGGGCUUUGCAGAAGAGCGAAGCCGAUAUUCCGUCAAACAGUCCACACGAAAACUUCUUACUAAAUCUUUUUCAUCACACUACAAAUUUUCCAAACCAGUUCCGGAGAGUCAGUCGGCUUCCUCCGUGCAGCAGCCCAGGUGCUUUCUGGAAGUUAAAUCCUACGUGGAGAGCGAACCUGUGAUGGCCAAGUCGUCUCCUCCAUGCUCGGCUGAGACGACGGAGUGCAUGGGCAGCUCCCUGCAGUCCCCGCUGCUCUCGGCUGACCUCACGGCUGCCCAGACCCCCUCGGACUUUGUCGCUCUGACCGAGGACUCUGUUUCAGAGGCUGAUGCCCUGCCCAGCAGUGGGCCUGGGACACUGCUUGCAGAGGAUUUUGGCCACGAUGUCUCUACCUCACAGAUCUUCUUUAAUCCUGCUGCUGCUCCUGCGAGGGAGACGGAUACUGUACAAAGCACUGGCCAUUCUGCUGGUGUAUCUCCUGUGAGUCAUGCAAGCUCGUGCAGCGUGGAAUCCAGUACCUUAUUCAGAACCUCAGUUCCUAAUCAAACAAAAGUGCUGUUGCAAGCCAAUGGACUACAUAUAAAUGAUGCCAGGCAUAUAGAAAAAAUUAACUCAGAAAAUGCACAUCUAGAAACCUUGAGGUUACAGUGUAGUGAAGAACCAGUGACACUCUCUCCAAAGGCACGGGCCUUAAGUGAGAGCAGAGAUGAAAGCAGUCCAUCCAAGCACAUGAGAGACGCAAUUCCUGUAGUGGAGUCGAAGUCUGUUCCAUGUUCUGAACCUCAGUCCCUUAAAACCCAACAGGGUUAUGAAUCAAACCAUCCUAAAGUUGAUCUUGCCAAUAGCCUGAGUCCGUACCGGGAAGGCAGAUUUGUUGAGAAACGGCUGAGGUCCUCUUCAGAAGGUACAGCUGGGGGCAGCCGGCUGAUCAUAAAACCAAGGGAUGGAAAUGCAGAAGAGCUGAACAGCCUAAGGAAGCAGAGAGCAAGCUCAUCCUCUUCCAAAAUGAACAGCAUGGAUGUUUUGAAUAACUUGGGCUCCUGUGAGUUGGAUGAAGAUGACCUAAUGCUUGACUUGGAGUUCCUGGAAGAGCAACAUCACCAUCGUUCUGUGUGCCGGGAAGACUCAUACCAGUCAAUAGUGUCAUGUGCUGCUGUAGUACUUACCCCUGUGGAGACAACAGUGGAUACAAGGAAAAAAGAGCAGAUGAUAAUGCCUGAUGUGUCCAAACAGAAUCUAUCCCUGAAGCUGUCGAAGGAGGUGGAGCAAGGAGAAGCCAGGUACCCUCGUGUCAGCCAGCUGGCUGGCAGCCCAUCUGUGGAGUGGCCUUUCACUGGUCUGGAAGAAGGUGGAGGCAUUGAGUCUCUGCCCUUCAGACUGAUGCUCCAAGACUGCACGGCUGUGAAGACAUUGCUUCUGAAAAUGAAGAGGGUUCUUCAAGAGGUAAUCACCCACUUAUUUGUCAGAUUAAUAUAUUUAAGCAUUAAUGAGCUAAGCAGCAGAAAAGGGUCAGCAAAGUUUAUGGACUUGAUGUCUUUUAAUAUGUCUUGA